AUGGUAGUCAAAGCAUACAUGAGUAGUAUUUCGGGAAAUAAAGAGGUGAAGAAACAAGACACGGAGCUGGAAAACUAUUCCACUUCUUCGGGCGGAACAAUUAGUGAUCCCAACCCUAGACAUUCUUUCUCUCCACAAAUAUUCAAUGAUGAUGAUUACUGUGGGGACUAUGACCAAUUUGAUAUGGCAAACAAAAUUGAUGAAAUGGAAAAAAAUCUGAAAUUAGAAUCCAUCCAUUCUGUGCCAAUUGUAACCUCAAAUGCUGAAAUUAAAUUGCGAAAUCGUGAGAUCCAGUCUGAAGAAACACCACAAAACUUUAAGGAAACCAAAGGUAACAAAGAAGAAGAAUCAAAAGACGACAAUGUGCCCGACAAUAACGAAAAUACGAACGAAACUGUAGAAUAA